AUAUCGUAAUUUUUGUGCUCAUCGAAGUCGAACAACUAUACUCAAACUGCUCUGAUUUGAACCUGAAGGCGCCAAUUUUGUUUUCAAGUUAAUUUGAGGUUAACUACAACAUGAACAUAGCCUUACACAUAAUUUUUUAAUAUAAUAUUAAUUUGAUUUGAAUCUUAUUCCCAGUGCAAAGAACACGUUUUCUUUAAUGUCACACUAUUUUGCCAAAACACCAAUAAAUUUCUACCAUAAUAUUUUUACUAUACUGUUGAUUAGAAAUGUUUAUGUUACUGUGGCAUCAAGAGGAAUAUUUAAAAAUAUUUGCACAAUUGGCAGCAGAGAAAGCAUGAGCAUUCUAAAUGUUGCAGAGAAGAAUGAUGUUGCGAAACAUCUUUCAGGUUAUCUGUCUGGUGGGAAUUCUAGGAGGAGGGAAGGUUUCUCAAAGUUCAACAAGAUUUAUGAGUUUGAAUGCCUGGUUCGAGGACAACAGAGGAAGAUGAUCAUGACUUCAGUGUCUGGUCAUUUACUAAACUUUGAGUUUGAGGGCAAUUACAAGAAGUGGUACUCCUGUCGACCGAUAGACCUGUUCGAAGCUCCUGUAAGGAAGCUUUGUCCCCCUGACUAUGAACCUAUUAAGAGGACACUGGAGAGGGAAAUACGAUCGUGUAACACUCUCAUCAUCUGGACUGAUUGUGACAGAGAGGGCGAGAAUAUAGGCUAUGAAAUCAUUUCAGUCUGUACAGCAAUCAAGCCCAACCUACAAAUAUUUCGGGCACAAUUUUCCGAGAUCACUGCACAGUCAGCUAGACGAGCCAUCCAGAAUCUCGGACGACCUAAUGAGUUGAUCAGCAAGGCUGUGGACGUUCGGUCAGAAUUGGACUUAAGGAUAGGUGCAGCCUUCACAAGAUUCCAAACGUUGAGACUGCAACGGGUCUUUCCUGAGACUCUAGCCAGCAAUAUCAUCAGCUACGGCAGUUGCCAGUUUCCAACUCUAGGCUUUGUCGUUGAACGGUACAAGGCUAUCGAGAGUUUUAUUCCAGAGCAAUUUUGGAAGAUCAAAGUGUCACAUGAUGUGGACGAGGUUAAAGUGGACUUUGCGUGGUCGCGUGUGCGUCUCUUUGAUGAAUCUGUGUGUCGUGCACUAUAUGAACGUUGCCUAGAGAACCCUUCUGCCACUGUAGAGUCUGUCACCAGUAAGCCCAAGAGCAAAUGGAGACCUCUACCAUUGGACACUGUUGAAUUUGAGAAGCUAGCAUCUCGCAAACUACGACUGAAUGCAAAAAUCGCUAUGGCCACAGCAGAGAAACUCUAUACGAAAGGCUUUAUUAGUUAUCCUAGAACUGAAACUAAUAUAUUCCCCAAAGAGUUGAAUCUUGUACCAUUGGUUGAGAUGCAGACAGAAAAUAGACAUUGGGGAGAUUUUGCCAGAAGAGUUUUGAAUGAGGGGCCAAAUCCGAGGCAGGGUAAAAAAUCAGACCAGGCCCAUCCUCCAAUACACCCUACAAAAGCUGCUCAUGACUUGGAAGGGAAUGAGGCAAAAGUGUAUGAGUUUGUGGUGAGACAUUUCUUGGCUUGUGUGUCUAAAGAUGCUCAGGGCCAUGAAACAAUUGUUCAAAUUGAUAUCAAUGGUGAAAAGUUUGUAGGCAGUGGGCUGAUGAUACUGGCCCGCAACUAUUUGGAUGUUUACCCGUACGAGACAUGGUCUGACAGGCAGAUGCAUGUCUACCAGCAGGGUCAGGUUUUCCAGCCAACCACACUGGAUAUGACUGAUGGGGAGACGGCUCCACCGAAACUGCUCACGGAGGCGGAUCUUAUUGCGUUGAUGGAGAAACACGGCAUUGGAACGGAUGCAACACAUGCUGAACAUAUUGAAAAGAUUAAAAGUCGGCAGUAUGUGGGACUGGAGAACAACAUCUACUUUGUACCUGGUCAUCUAGGGAUUGGUCUUGUGGAUGGAUAUGACAGUAUGGGGUUCAAUAUGAGCAAACCUCAUCUACGCGCAGAAUUGGAGGCUGAUUUAGUUAGGAUCAGCAAUGGGGAGAAAGAUGCUCAGAUCGUGUUGGCUGAGCAGAUAGUGAAGUAUAAGGAAGUUUUCCAACUUGCAAUGGAGCAGGCAGAGAAGAUAGACACAGCCCUAGCCCAAUACUUCAAUAUUAGACCUGUAGCAGUUGCAGCAGAUGAAGUGGUAGUCAACAUACCUCAAUCUGUUACCAAAUGUCAGCGCUGCCGGUGUAACAUUGUGGUGAAACAAAGACAACCAAAUGGCAGCUUCUACCUUAGCUGUCAGGGCUACCCGCAGUGUCGCUGUGUUCUCUGGCUGCCAUCCAGCAUAGUCGGAUUAGAGAUCGCUGACUCAACAUGUCCUGAGUGUGGUCCUGAUGUAAAGCAGCUGAAGAUAACAUUUCAGCCAGGAGCCAUGGGACAGUACUACCCCACCCAACAUGUAGGCUGUCUACACGGCUGUGACACUCGGCUGCUGGAAAUGCUUGGGAUACAAUCCAUCCCCUCAGUGUUUCAGGAACGUUCUACCCAGCAGGAGCAAUCAAACACCCCUGCUUCAUCAAGCGGAUACUCUUCUUUGAGCUCGAAUGCCAGAAGUUCUUCUUCAUUUGUUUCUAAUCAGCCUCAACGCAAUGUUUUCAACAACAACCUCCCUCAAAGACCAUCAACAAAUGCAAGAUCUCAAUUCCAGAACUCGUUUGUUGAUAACAAUUCUGAUGAUGAAUAUAAUCGGGGAAUGACCAACCGAGGGACAAACAAUGCUAACAACAACCAAAGAACAACCAAUAACAGACAAUCCUGGACAAUGGAACCGAAUGUCAACAACAACGAUUCAGAUGAUGUUUGCUGCACAUGCGGUAUUCCUGCAAGAAAGCUAAAGGUGAUGAAGGAGUCAGUGAACAAGGGGAGGUUUUUCUUCUCCUGCUCCAAGCCUCAAGAGGAUCGUUGCAAUUUUUUCCAGUGGGCAGAUGAUGAAGGGGGAGGAGGGGGAGAGAGUAGUAGUAGGGGAAGUGGAAGAGGGAGAGGAGUAGGGAGGGGGUCACAAGGUCCUUCUCAGUUCAGAGCGAGGCCGUAUGACUCGGAUCAUAACUCUAAUAGAGGAGGAAGGAAGCGGGGUGGAGCCACUGGAAAACAGAGGAACUGCGGACUGUGUGGCCAACCUGGUCAUACAAGAAAGUCAUGCCCGUACACCAGCUGAUGAACUUCACAAAUAAUGUAUAUAUUUAAGAUUAGCAGUAAAUAAUAAGACUGGUCUUUAAACCAAGCAAUGUGAAAUUGUAUAUAUUAGAUAAUAAUUUAUAGAUUUGUUAGUAAUAAGUAAAUUUUUACCUUGUUUUAAAUAUGCUGUAUUUUCCAUGAGAAAAUUAUUUAGGCAAAAAUGUAAACAUUUGUUAAAACUGUUAUAAAGAAAUAAUAAACAAUACAACCGAA